AUGGGAGCAAGUUGCAAGGAUCAGAAAAUAGCAUUAGCCAUCUGCUUACAACGAUCACCAUGUGUUCUAAUACAACGACACACCCCAAAAGAAUGUCUCACCGACCCUGACCUCAAAAAGGAUUUGCCCGAACUAUGCAAAGCCAAUUUCAGGGCAUUUAUGGAUUGCAAGAGAGGUGCUCUCGACAUGAGGAAACGAAUGAAGGGGAAUGCGCCAUUAUCAACGGGUAAAUUUAAUGAGCAAUAUGAUAAAUUAUCAUCGGGUAAUUUCAACCCUGAAGAUGAAAUGAAGAAGUUGGAAGUAAUGAAUCGAAAUUUGUCAAAGCAACAACAGUUGCAGGAGGAGAAGGAGAAUAUUAGACUAGAAGGUGGUUAA